UUUCCAACUAACUUAAAUCAGGUAUGAGAAAAUAAAAGUAUGAUUAAAAAACCGUAUUGUAAAUAAACUCUUCAUACAUACCAGGAGUAAGAUUUUGUACGACAGACGUGCGUUUCUAUUACAAAAUUUAUAGGUUGAAGAACCAACAUGGAUUUCGACUGUUAUAUUAAAGUUAUGAAAGAGGUUGCUGAUGGUCUUGACGCAGGAAAUAUAAGAGGUUUGAAAUUCCUUUUGAGGGACAAACCAAAUAUUUACCAAAAGGAACUUGUCAACGUAAACGAAGGUAGCGACUUGAUACAACUUCUUGAGAGGAAAGAAUUGUUAUCAAGAACAAAGGUUUUGGAGUUCAUGAACUUGUUGCAGUUAGAGGGUAGAAUAGACCUGUCUAAGAAAGUGCAAAUAUAUAUGGAAACCAAUCUUCCUGUGAACCUAUCUAAUCAUGAUUAUUACGGUAUAAACGGUAUGCCAGUAGUUGAGAAUUAUAUUGAAACAGAUGAGUACAGAUUAUUCGAAAAGAAAAUUAACACGUGUAAAGCUGCUCUUAUCAAAGGUCACCACGGAUCUGGAAAAACUCAACAUGCCUACUCAUAUGCCAGACGUUUUCCUGGUAAAAGUGAAAAGUCACUAAUUUGGAGAAUAGACUGUAAAACAUUAUCACAGAUAUAUAGAUCCCUGUCAGCAAUGGUGGCCUAUCUUAAACUUCAAUGUAUUUUUCUUGAUCACGUGACAUGUACACAGUCUGAUCGCCAGUUGAAGGCGUCAAUAGAUAAGAUGACAAAGCGAAUCCAGCAGAAGUUACGUUGUGAGGGUAUAAAUAGCGCGAACCAUUUGGUUCUGCUUGAUGGCGUAGAGGAUACGUCCGACGAUACUUUUACGAAGAUGCUAAAAGAUUUCCUAGAUACUGAAAAUGUUUAUGUUAUUGCCACCUCAAGGGUAACCUAUCCAGAUGAAUUCCACAAUCUGUGUAUAGAAGUUACAGGAAUGACCGAGGAAGAAGCUGUUCUUUACUUUAAAGUUGUAAAUAAUGACGAACUUGAACAGGUCAAAGAACUGGCAAGACAACUGAGUUAUCUUCCCCUUGCUUUAUCAUUUGCUUUUGCAUUUAUUGCAAACACAGGAUCUAGCAUCGAAACCUAUGUUAAAAGUCUUGCAGAAACCGAGGCAAAUGACCAAUUAAGAUCUCUUACUGUGUCAUGCGAAGUUGCAUUAGAGAUAGUGAAGAAGGAUCUCACAGAACAUGGUAAAAAUCUCCUGGCAUAUAUUCCAUACCUGCAUCCAGAAAACAUACCAGAUUUUUUGCUGAAAAGUUUACUGCCAGUAAACAUGACGGAAGACUUUAAACAAAGAGAGAUAAAUAAGCUAAUUGUUUGUCUGAGAAAUAAUUCUUUGGCAACUUUGAAAUCAAGGGGUAAUAACCGUGUAAUUGCUGUACAUCGAUUUACGUUCAGAGUCAUGAUGAAUAUGAAGACCGAGAAGGAGAAAACAAAUGAAGCAAACGCGCUCCUCCGACAUUUUUGUCACAAUAUUUAUCUUGAUACUAGCCUUAUUGAAGCCGUUAAAAAGAAUGUUAUGUUUCUAGAUCAUGCACUUGAACUUCUUAAGUUAUAUGAGAACUGUAAUCGUCGACCAGAAAUGGAAGAUAAGGUUUUGUGUUGUGUUCUUUUAUGUGGUGUAGCUGUUACCUACCGACUUUAUGGAAACACAGAAUUGUCCGCUAAUGAGUAUUUUGAAAAAGCAAGAGAUGCAGUUUGUGAACUUGUAUCUGUCAACAAAGCAGAUUUUGCUGUAACUGUAAGUGGAUUUACUGCUAUGAAUGACAUACAUAUCUCAAUAAAUGGCUGUGAAUUAAUCCAAGAAAAUUCAAAAAAUCUGUUCGAAAAGCUUCUUCACAAGGGAAAGAGUCUAAGUGACUCCUUUAUUUUGACAGUUAUUACCAAUACCAUGAGAAACAACGAACAACUUUGUUAUCUACUCGAAGUGACAAAUGGCAUAAGUUAUACCAAUAACCAGAUAGCAAAAGAUUCGAUUGGAGAAUUAAUAGAAAAACAAAUUAUCGUCCCUUUUCAGGAGUUCAAGGAAUCUUUCUUGGUAGAACUUAUGAUACACAUACUUUAUAACAGUAGUAAAAACAAGCGUCUUAUGAAAUUAGCUACGGACGACUUUACUAAACCGAAUCCAGAAAGAAGAAACCAUCUAAUGGCACGUUUGUCAAGUGAUAAUCUUUGUCCUACAGAUGAAAGUCUUGUUGAAUUACAGUACUCCAUCAAUCUAGCUGAACUACUAGAUAAUCAUUAUAAACAUAACUGUCCUGCGUUUCGGCUGGGAUUGAAAAUAGCGGCAAGACGAGGAGCCAUUUUAUACUAUAUCAGUUCACAGGACUCAAACAAAUCUAUUAAAUGCAUAAAGGACGCUGUAAAGAUUCUAGAAGAAAACUCUGAAUCAAAUAUUCGAUUUAUAGAAUUUGGUGUUGUUAAGCACGGUUCUAGGUCGACAAAUUAUCAAAUGGUAUCCAAUAAGAAACUCCUAAUGGAAUGUUACAUCAUGCUAUCAAAGGAAGAUACUAACUAUGUGAAGAGAGCACUAACACUAGCGCAAGAUUUAGAGUCCAUUAUUCCAAGAUUAUAUCACUGGAAGGUCAUGUCUGAUAUCCAUAUAAAGAUCGCACAUGUAUUCGAGCUGCAAAAUACUGAACCAUUCAUUACAAAAGCAAAGCAACAUUACAAGGAGGCAUAUCGUCGUGAAUAUGAAAGUAACAACAUUCGACUUACACGAUAUCAUUUACGCGCACUUCUACAGUAUGUUAAUUGCUGUAUUACUCAUUCGACAAAGGAAGAUCUAGAGAUGGCUAAGACCAUAUGCAACGAUAUAAAAGAAAGAUUUCAACACAAAAGUACUGAUGAAAUGUUUGAUGCUGCCCUUGUAACAAUAGAUAAACAUUUGAACACAAUGACAACACCAAAAGAGAUCAUCAGCAGUCUGCAUACUGUUACCAGCUACGGUGUAGAUAUUGGCACACAAACAGACAACGUAUCCACAUAUACUUUGACUGAAGGCCAUGUAAGAUACCGUCAAAGUGGAAUUUCACCGACAAAGAAGGAGCUGCAAAGGCGAAAGCUCAAACUGCAGAUUGAAUUGAAUGAAAUUGACAAUGAAUUGAUGCAAUUAGAAUUAAACAACAUGUAGGAAAUGAUGCAUUUCUUAUAAAUGUAUCAUUCUAUUUAUAUUUUUAUAAUCGAGAAAAACAAUAUUAUCAUGUUGGUAGAAGAUUUAAAAUUGUAUCUUUGUCAAAUUGUCUAGUAGUCUAAGACUUGGAUAUGUCGUAUAUGAUGAGUUAAGGAUAAGUAAUCAAUAUUCAUAUUUUGAAUUCGUCUAACAUGUCAGGUCGAAGUGCUAAAAUUGUUUGCAUGUAACGAAAAUUUACAAAAAGUUAGAAAAACAAUAUUAUUAUGUUGGUAGGAGAUUUAGAAUUGUAUCUUUGUCGAAUUGUCCAGUAGUUUAAGACUUGGAUAUGUCGUAUAUAAUGAGUUAAGGAUAAGUAAUCAAUAUUCAUAUUUUGAAUUCGUCUAACAUGUAAGGUCGAGGUGCUAAAAUUGUUUGCAUGUAACGAAAAAUUACAAAAAGUGCCAAAAUAAAUAUUACUUUUUUAAAAAAUUGGCAGCAAGAGGUCAUACAAAGAAAUAUAAAAAGGGGUAAAAUAUGUUUUGUAAGGUUGUUGGUCAGAUUUCAUUUUAUCAACACAAAAAAACUCUGUCAAAUGGUAUGUCAAAUAUGUCGAUUUUGACAUGGUAAACACAUCAUAGUGAUAUCAUAUAUGAAAUGUCUGCACCAAAGUUGCAAGACUAAUUCAUUCUGUGAAUUAAUAAACAAAGUUAUAUAAUUGUGAAGACAUUUACUAUUUUUGAUAUCAAGUGUCAAAUAUCGGAUCAUCAGCUAUCCGCUUCUUUAUUGUUUAUAAAGUAGAUUUUUUUUCCUUUUUGGCAACCAUUAAAUUACUGAAUUAAUUUAUCAUGACAGACCAACAUCAAUGAAAUGAAUAAAAGAAACAAAACUACAAAUGGUACUAAAUAAAAUCGAAUAAUUUGAAACGUCUAGAAUUGAACAACAUACAAAAAAACAAUGUGAUUUUUUUAAAUAAUGAGUAUUGCAGUUGAAAAUUGAGAUCAAAGAUUGUAUACAUAAUUGUUCAUUCUAUUUUUAAGUGUUUUCUUUUAUCAAUAGUAUGGUUUGUGUAUUUGUAAUUCUGAGGGGAAAAAAGUAUUGCAAUUGUUAUUUAAUGAGGUGUCGCGAAUGCCAAAGAAUAGGAUGAGGACACAAUCGGUUAACUUAUAGACGAUUGGCUGUUUAACAAUCGGUUGCAAAUGAAAUCCAUGUAGGGGACGAGAACAUGAUCAAUUUCGAAUACACAAUAUAAGAGAAAAAAAACCUGAGAAAAUCGGCCAAAUUGAAGGUAAGGUAAGAGUCUCCUGCUAUGCUUGCGCCAUAAGAAUUCGAAUUUGGUAAAAACAAUUGGACAGUAUUUAUAAAGUAGGAUACUUUUUAUAGAUCAUAGUCAUACUUGUUGUAUGAUAUUCAUAUUAUUGCCCAUGUUAUUCCUAUAUAAUUGAUAUCAGAUCCAACAAUUAAUGUCAAGGAAUAGAAAAGGCAAAAGGGCAAAAUAUGUUACCUUACAGAUAAGACGAUUAUUCUGCUAUUUUAAGUUCUUAGACCGUGAAAAUAUGUCUCUGGUGAGUUAAGACCAUGACCGAACGAUUAUCAACGUAGCUUUAUCAAUAAGUUGGAUACUUGCAAUAUCUACAGCGAUUUUACCCCCCCAAAAAGCUUAGGAACUAUAUAUUCGUUUCAUUUUUAUGUAUCGUUUAAUGUGAAUGAUGCAAAUAUACCAUAGGUUGUCUGUUUUGCAAUUUAUAUAUGCAUAAUUAAUUAUUGUUUCUAUGAUCGUAAAAUGUAUAACCUUUUCAACGAUAUGGUUCUUUGUCCAUGGUUGCCUAGUAUAUAUCGUUAUGCGAUUUGUAUUUAUAAAAUAUAAAUAGUUGUCUAAUUGACAAUUAAUUCAUAUCUUUUAUACAUACAUGCAUAUAUACAGAAAAUGUGUUGCCUCAAUAGCUGAACCCAAGUGAACAAUAAAUGGCAGCUAUUAUUUAAUAUUUCCUAAAGACAUGUUUUAUUUUUAUUAUACAUUUAUGUAUGUUUGUUUUAUUGUUUAUAUCAUGAAAAUAGAUGUUAACAUACUUUU